CUCAUAAUGCACAAUGCUCCGAUAUGCUUCUCAAAUACAUUAGUAUUCAAGUACAGAGAAACACGACUAAGUACUCCGUAUAUAUUGACUACUGUCAUCUUAAGUCACGUGCGCUCCACCCGUCGCGUUCAAAACAAAGCUUCAGAUUUGCUGGAAUCGGCGACGAUUUGCCCAGUCCAGGACUCCUGCGUCGCUCUCGCUUUCUCUUUUUCUCUUGCGCGCUUGUCGCUGGCCCUCUUUGCUUUUUUGAGAAUUUUUUCUUUAUUUUUCCCCUACUUUUUCUUGGACGUAUCUCCCGAUUUCGCCCGUUUUCCCUUCACCAUCAUCUCCUCUUCCUCUCCCCGCUCGCUCCUUGUUGACUGGUGAAUCAAUCCAUCGCCUGCGACUGUUUGAUUGAUUAUCUGUGUUGUAUCGAUUUGGAUAGGUUUUUAUUGCUUCCGCGCGAAUUUUCUAAGCUUUUUUUUUUUUUUUUUUUUUUCCCUCGGCCAACUCCAAGCGAAAUCAACAAAAUGCCGCCCAAGAAGCGAAAGACUUCUGACUCGCCAGAGGACAAUGAGAAUGGCUUGACGGCGAACCAG